AUGGCAACAACUACAGUGGCGGCGCAACAGCGCCCCGACCUCUCUCGAGAGGAUCGUACACAGCUUCUCCUCGCGCAGUUGAUGGAAGGUGGACGAGAGGAUGACGAGACGUGUCGUGAUCUAGACAAGGUCACCGCCCUUUUGAACGAGGAUUUCGAGCUUACAAAGGCGGACAAAGACACUCCGUCAAUCUGCAAAGUCAUUGAUGCCGAUUGUCUCGACACCAUUCUAGGUCACAUGGACAUGAGGCAGCCCGAGGAUGUUCGGGCUCAUGCCACUCUUACUACUGCCGCUUAUCUCAAGGCCGCUGGUGAGGAGGGCGCUAAGGCGCUCUCUACGUUUUUCUUCGAUAGAGUUCGGAGGGGUACCUAUGAUGACUUCAUUGUCGCUUUCUGCGUCGCGUCACUCAUCUUCCCAAUUGCGCCCGAGAUUAUCUCGGAGCUGUUUUUGAGCCCCGGAUUCCUCCCUAGUCUUGCGCCCUUGAUGAGUCGCAAAUGGAAGAGCCGCAAGGUUGAGACAGCAUGCCUUGAGCUACUCAACGCCGCCUGCAUGCAUCCACAGUGUCGCGAGGCCGUGGAGAAGUACUGCAUCGACUGGCUAGAGGAGGUUGUCGACCAGGACCCUAACGAGGUUACACGUGCGCUGGAUUCCGACACCCAAAUCAGCCUUGAAGAUGGCUCAGUCAACAUGAACAGGCACUCUCUCAAGGUCCAGGUCAUGGCCGGCGUUGUCCUAGCGAAGAUUAGAGCGAUACCUUCGAAGACGCAAUUGAAUAAUGAAGGAGGCGAAAGAGUUCAGUCGGCCUCGACAACCAUCGAGGAAUUGACUGAGAAGUUUACUACUUUCCAGUUGCGGAAAACCGACGGCCAUGAAGAUCUCAAAAAAGCGAAACAACACUCGAUCGAGGGGCUCGCAUACGUGACCCUCCGACCUACUAUCAAGGAACGAGUGGCUCACAACCCGGAGCUACUUCAAAAUCUCAUUAAAUCUCUCAGCGACGCUCCCCCGAAAUCACCGAUGACGUAUGGCGCUCUCAGCAUUUUCGUGAAUUUGACGAGGUAUAGGCCCUCACUCACGGAGGAGGAGGAGAAGAUGCGGCAGCUCAAGGCCUAUGCGAAUGCUGCCGGAAAACUCACGCAAUCUCAAGAUGAUACCUUGGACGACAAUACCCAUGUUUCUGAACGGUGUAAACUUGUAUUUGAAGCCGGCGUUACCCCAGUUUUAGUCGCACACAGCAAAAAUGGUUCCACUGCUUCUCUUUCUCUCAUUGUUUCCAUCAUUAAUUCGAUAUCCCUUACGUCGGCCCUGCGCGGGAAGCUGGCGCAGCAAGGUGCCGUCAAACUGCUUCUUACGGCGUGGUCAAGCAUCCCUACGAAGGAGCCUCAAGCUCGCCAAAUGGCUGCGCAAGCGCUUGCGCGUAUUCUCAUUAGCAUUAAUCCGGCUCUCGUCUUUGGCGGAAAUCGGGCAAGCCCAGUCACGUCUGCAAUCCGGCCUCUUGUCUCCAUCCUGACACCCGAUCAAACGUCGGAGAAGCGAGACCUGCUACCAUCCUUUGAGUCUCUCAUGGCCUUGACUAAUUUGGCGUCUAUGGAUAACGCAGAUGUUCGGGGGUUGAUUAUCCGGACAGCAUGGCCCCAAAUCGAAGACUUACUGCUGUCCUCCAACACGCAUGUUCGAAAAGCCGCCGUCGAAUUGAUCUGCAACCUGGUGCAAGACAUCGAAGGGAUGGCUUUGUACGCCGACGGGACACCUCAAGCCAAGCAACGCCUCCAUAUCCUGCUCGCCUUAGCAGACUCCGACGACAUCGCUACCAGGAGCGCUGCUAGCGGGGCUCUUGCAGCUUUAACUGCUCAUGAGAACGUCGUCGAGGCCAUUCUGCAACAAGAACGCGGCAUCUCGAUCCUCUUCAAUUUGUGUAAAGAAGACAAUGAGGACCUUCGACAUCGAGCUGCGUUCGUGCUGCGCAAUGUUGUCACGGCCGAAGGCAGGGUGGGCGAGCUUGGAAAGAAGCAAGUUGCCCAGCAAGGGGGCCUCGAGAUGCUCACCGAAUGCGCUAAGAAGACUCGUCGUCCCGAGGUGCUGGAGGUGGUCUUGGAGGUUUCGAAGGUUCUUAUUGAGGAGAAAUAA